AUGUAUAUGAGUUUGUGGGCAAGCUGCAAAUCCGGCUCAGCCUGCACAACCAGCACCUGUUACUUCGAGUGGGCCCAAUGCGAAUCCUUUAGACCUCUUCCCCCAGGGAGUUCCAAGCAUGGGUUCAAGGGCUGCUGCUGGGUGCAGCUGGUGCAAACACUCUUGAUUUUCUUUCAUAAUAGUCCACAGUUCCAAGCUUUCCGAGCCAUGGUGCAGGCAAAUCCCCAAAUAUUGCAGCCAAUGCUUCAAGAGUUAGGUAAACAAAACCCUAACCUGAUGAGGCUUAUCCAAGAGCAUCAGGCUGACUUCCUUCGUCUCAUUAAUGAACCUGUUGAAGGUGGAGAGGGGAAUAUAUUGGGACAGCUUGCAGCAGCAAUGCCACAGUCAAUUACUGUCACACCUGAAGAACGUGAAGCAAUAGGACGCCUUGAAGCAAUGGGUUUUGAUCGAGAAAUUGUAUUGGAGGUGUUCUUUGCAUGCAACAAGAACGAGGAGCUGGCUGCUAACUACCUUUUAGAUCACAGCCACGAAUUUGAGGAUUAAUUUGUUCAGAGAACUGUGGAAAGAUGGACAAAAGAGUACCUUUUUUUUUUUUUUUUUUUUUUUUUUUUUUUUUUCUUUUUUUCUUUUUUUCUUUCUUGGUCUUUUGAUCGUUUAAAUUUAAUGCGUCUGGUGUUUAUGAUGUUGUGGAGUGUCUGGAGUUGGCAAGGAAUGUGAAGAAUAUGUAAACUUUUCUUUGGUUAGUUUUUUGUCCUUGUUAAGAUCCAUUAUAAAAUUGGAUGCUGCAUAGUUUCUCUCUGUUUUCA